AUGGCAAAGAGAUCUGAAAGAUGUCCUGCGGGCUACUACGGCCGAUACUGUAAGCAGGUGUGUCGCUGCCUUGAAAACGGCUGCAGCUACGAGGGGGCGUGUCUGUUCGGCGGUGGCUGUGUGCCGGGCUGGUUCGGAGAGAAUUGUUUGUUUAGAGACGUGGUGCCUGAGGCAGUGGAGGUAAAGCCCGAGAGUCUGGCGUCAGGAGCGUCGCCAUCUUGUAGGAAGACGUCACACGUUCAUGUCGUGCUCAAGGAGGAGGUUUUCUUUACCUUUCUGUGGCUGAAGUUCAAAGGCUACUACUCCGGCCAGCUGAGCUUGGAGUUAAGCAACAAGACCCACCCAAAGAUCCCGUGCCUCCUGCCCGUCCCCACCCUGGUCAGGUCCACCACCCACAGGGUCAGGUGUGACAACAAGAUGCACGUCACACGCAUUGACGUCACGCUGGACAACGGGACGUCCGUGUGUGGGGUGCACGUCAACGGGGGUAGAAACCUAGCGUUGGGUGGGCGUGUCCACAUCAAGGUCAACACCACGGGGGAGGCUAAGAGCAACCUUGACCUCAAACAGGACGUGACGAACCAGGUCAAGCAGAACAGUUGUAUUGACGUCACGAGUGACGGGGGCGUGAUCACGGGGGUCGUCAGUUUUGAGUAUCCGGUGACCAUUCAUCAAAUCAUCUUACAUUUUACAGGACUAACGUUGAUUGGCUGUAAAUGA